CUUUAUUCUAAUUAAUCAUGUCGAAUCCGAACACGCCCGCCGCCCCUCGAGGCGGGCUGUCGCUCUACGCAAAUCUACUCGAUCCCUCAUCCUCAUCCAACACGGCUGCCAUCAUAUCCCGCGCGCCUGUCGCAUUCAACACGGACAGUGGCGCCGCAGACGACGAAGCUUCAGCGAAGAAGCAACAGAUCAAUGCUGCCGCACUACGAUUUCAGCCAACUAAGCGUCCGCAAUUAUCAUCGCAGAAGGGAAAGCCAAAACCCGGAUUCCCAAGGCCCUCUGCACCUGUCGAUCCGGAUUCCAACAAGCAGACUGCUGGCAGUACUGCCCCUCCGUCUAGACCCCCCGCGAAGAGCACAUUGGCCGACUGGGCUGUGGCGGGGGAAGACGAAGAUGUGAAUGGAUUCUAUGGUGGCGGAGAGAAGCGACAACGCGGGGGACGCAAACGCCGGAAGAAGAACCGCGAGGAAUACGCUGUUGCGCAGGACUGGGAUGAUAUAUACGACCCCUCACGGCCGAGUAGUUACGAUGAAUACAGACACAGCGAUGAGCAGAUCCGGGAGGUGAUGGAGUGGAAGGAUAGGCUUUAUGCCCAUCGGAAGAGUAGGAACUACUAUAGUGAUAUUGAGAGUGAUGAGGAACCUGCACGCCCAAGCAUCAGCAGUAAGUAUUCCUGUAUUCAGUCGUGGAUAGUCACUAAUUGCGUACAGACCAAUUCGCCCCUCCCCCGUCCUUUGCACCACCCCCGUCCUUCGCGCCUCCAUCGAGUUACGCACCUCCCCCUCCACCACCAGACGGCGCACCCGAGUCAGCUCCAGGGAGAUCAUCACCCGCCUACUCCCCUCCACCACCACCGGAACCCCUCCCAGCAGCCGUCAUAUCCCGGGCCCCAGUCCGCUACAACCUCCCCCCCGCCCCCUCCGAAAUCCCCGCCUCAGAAGCCGAACUCGCCCUUGCCCUCGGCGAAGGCGCCGACGAAGAGGAAUCUUCUGGCGACCAGCCACGCUCGAGCCGCCCCGGCCAAGCCGGCUUCGCGCAAAGGUUAAUGUCCAAGUACGGCUGGUCCAAGGGCAGUGGUCUUGGCGCCGAUGAAUCGGGGAUCGUGAACGCGCUACACGUGCAAGUUCAGAAGCGGAAGAAGAAACCUGAUUCCGAGGGCGGCGGGUUUGUGGAUCCACAGGCUAUCGGGAAGAUAGUAGGGGGCAAGCGUAAGGCGGCUGCUGGGGAAGAGGGGGGGGGUUCGGCGCGAUGUCCGAGGUGGUGGU